CCCUUCCCCUCCCUCUCGGACCGUCCCCCUUCCUCUCUCUCUCUCUCUCUCUCUCUCCCCCUCUCGGCCUUGCUUUCCUAGCGGCGCCGACAGAGGCGUCCGGCGCCGCCUUGACCAGUUCUUCGUCGGGCGCUUUGCCGGCGACGAGCAUCCGACAGUUUGUGGAUAGAGGUCUUUCAGUCGUCAUAUGAAGUUAUCCUUUUGAUAGGCAGCUGAAGGAUAAUAACUAUCAUGGAUUCUAAUGCAAAUUCAGAUGUGCAAAAGGCCGAGGAACUGAAACUUAAGGCAAAUGAUGCCUUCAAGGCAAACAAGUUCUCGCAGGCUAUAGAGCUGUACAGUCAAGCCAUUGAGCUGAACAGUUCGAAUGCAGUUUACUGGGCAAACCGUGCAUUUGCACAUACAAAAUUAGAGGAAUAUGGGAGUGCAGUUCAGGAUGCUACAAAAGCCAUUGAAGUUGAUCCUAGAUAUUCAAAAGGUUAUUAUAGACGUGGUGCAGCAUAUCUUGCCAUGGGAAAGUUCAAGGAAGCCCUGAAGGAUUUUCAGCAGGUGAAAAAAAUCUGCCCGAAUGAUCCAGACGCUACAAGAAAGUUGAAAGAGUGCGAGAAAGCUGUCCAAAAAAUCCGUUUUGAAGAAGCAAUUUCUGUUGGAGAAGCAGAGAGGCGCUCUGUGGCCGAUUCUAUCGACUACCAUAUUAUAGAAGUCGAGCCACAAUAUGCGGGACCGAGAAUUGACGGUGAAGAAAUAACACUAGAUUUUGUCAAAGCGAUGUUGAAUGAAUUUAAGAAGCAGAAAUGCAUACAUAAAAGAUAUGCAUAUCAGAUUGUGUUAAAAACCUUGGAGUUGUUGCGUGCGAUGCCUUCACUUGUUGAUGUGGAUGUUCCAAAUGGUGGGCAUUUUACAGUUUGUGGUGAUGUGCAUGGCCAGUACUUUGAUCUGCUCAACAUAUUUGAACUCAAUGGGCUCCCCUCAGAAGAAAAUCCUUACCUCUUCAAUGGUGAUUUUGUGGACAGAGGUUCUUUCUCUGUUGAAGUCAUACUCACCCUUUUUGCUUUCAAGUGCCUCUAUCCAAAAGCUAUGUACCUUGCAAGAGGAAAUCAUGAAAGCAAGAGCAUGAACAAGAUAUAUGGCUUUGAGGGUGAAGUGAGGUCAAAGCUGGGUGAAAAAUUUGUUGAACUAUUUGCUGAAGUCUUUUGUUGGUUACCUCUUGCUCAUGUCAUCAACAAGAAGGUCUUUGUAGUCCAUGGAGGACUCUUUAGUGUUGAUGGGGUGAAGCUUUCAGACAUUAGAUCCAUUGAUCGUUUCUGUGAACCUCCUGAAGAAGGUCUAAUGUGUGAACUACUAUGGAGUGACCCUCAGCCUCAGCUUGGAAGAGGUCCAAGCAAACGUGGUGUUGCUCUUUCCUUUGGCGCAGAUGUGACUAAGAAGUUUUUACAGGAUAAUAACCUGGAUCUUAUUGUCCGAUCCCAUGAAGUGAAGGAUGAAGGCCAUGAAAUUGAACAUGAUGGAAAGCUUAUAACAGUCUUCUCUGCCCCUAAUUAUUGUGACCAGAUGGGCAACAAGGGUGCAUUUAUUCGGUUCACAGCUCCAGAAAUGAAACCUGAUAUUGUUACUUUCUCAGCUGUGCCACACCCUGAUGUCAAGCCGAUGGCAUAUGCAAAUAACUUCCUCAGGAUGUUCCAAUGACAGAAGAUAGCAACCACGGUUAUCAAUUUUUAUUGUCACAAGUUCGUCGCGCAAAGUUCGUCUAUUGCUAGGUUUGUGGAACAUGUGCUGCCUUGUACAACAGAUGAAGUGAUGUAAGAAAGGAUGCAACUAUCCAUGCGCUGCGAUGGUACAUCCAUUUUUGGUUGCAUUUUCAUUUGUGUAAGAACUGGAAACAUUCUUGAUCCCUAGAUUCUAGUGUAUUUAAAAUUGCUAAAGCUUUGUUCUCGUUCCCUUGUGUUUGUUAAGUUCCACAUCAACAUGCUCGAUACUUUCCUGCACGAAAUUCUUGCUACCAUAGCUAGCA